AUGAAAUCGUUACUCUUCGUUUAUUUGUUAAUUCAAAUUUUUGCAGUAGCUGCUCAACCAUCCGAAGAUCCAGAAGAUGCGAAAGAAUUUAUUCCAACAAACGAAUGGCAAACGAUUAGCGAAGGGCAACAAAUUCCACCUGGUCUUCAUAUUCGAUUGAAUCUCGAAACUGGCCUUCGAGAAGCUAAACUUUUGGACAAUAACGAACAAAAAUCAACAUCGAAUGAAAUCAUCGCGGUUUCACCUGAAGCAGAUCAAGAAGAAAUCAGUCGAAAAAAUCUUGAAAAAGCUUUUGCUAAUCUUGAUUUAAGCAAAGAUGAUGUUCAAAGUGAUGAAGCACACGAAGAAGACAUCCGCCAGCGAUUUCGUCCAUAUGACGAAUUAAAAAAAGAGUUCGAAUCGUUGAAUAUGAAAAUUCAAACCGAUCAAGAAAUUUUAGUGACUCUGAUCGACCAAUUAAAUAAAACCGAUAAUGAUGAUAAUACAAAAACAAUUCUAACCGAUCUCGAAUAUUAUCUACAUCAAUAUGAUAAUGCAAUACUCUUCGCUGAUAUGAAUGGCCUCGACUUACUCAUCGCUUUACUCAAUUCUACAAAUACCGAUGCUGAAAUUCGAAAUUUAGCCAGUCUUGCACUAGGCGCAGCUUUUCAAGGAAAUCCUAAAGUUCAAUUGAAAGCAUUACAAAGCAACUGUAUGCAACAUCUUUUACAUCUGUUAAAUAUAGAAUCAGAUGAUAAUAUAAUUCUCCGGCUUCUUUUUGCACUAUCAACUUUAUUGAGAAAUUUUCCGGCAGCUCAAAAAACUUUCCUCGAACAUAGUGGCGCAGAAUUAAUGAUUAAAAUGCUCGAUCUAAACAAUAAAAUAGCUGUACGAGCUCUUACGCUUAUGAAUGAUUUAAUUACUGAAAAAAACCAUGCGAUGGAUAUCAAAAAAGAAGCAUAUGAAAACUUACAUAUACUCAAUCAACUAGUUGAUUACGGUUGGUGUGCUCGUAUUUCCAGUCGAUUGGCAUUGUUGUUCGAUACAGAUAAUUUCGAUCAUAUUGACAAAACAAUAAACGCCAUGAUACCAUUGAUUGAUAUUUGUCGCGCAGAUUUCAUUCACCUGAUAUCAACACUCGACAAAUUCAAUACGAUUUAUAAACACAACAAUCUAAACGACUAUGCGGAUAUUUUCAAUAAUAUACAGAUACUCUUAACGCAAUUACGGCAAAGAUCAACGGACGAUUUGUAA